AUGAAUGCUGACAAAGCUAGAUCAGAAUCGCGGCCAUCAACCGCAACUGAGAGGAAUAAAAAAGGAAAACCGCAGAAAAAACAAUCAGUUUAUAAAGGGAGAGAUCGAAAAAAGGUAAGGUUAAAGACACAAAUAAAUUAUAAUGAAACAAGCGCUGUGAUGGAUCAAGCACGCAUGAGUUAAACAGAUACAGCGAAAUAUAAUAUGUGGGAUUAAGAUGCGUAUACUUUCACGCUGGUAACCUAGUUUCUAGUUUCUAGUUUUCAUUAUUAUAUUCACGAAGAAGUCAGCCCAUGCUCCUGUUAUACAUCAUAUUAUACAAUAUACUAAUUGUAUCCAUGAAAAAUUACUUGAUUCUGAUUCGCUAUAAAGAAGUGCAAUUUUAUCAAAAUAAAGUGUCAAAACAGACAUAUAGGCUACAUGAGUGCCAUUUUGCAUCUGUUUCAUGCAUGCAAGUGACUAUCAAUUCCUUCAUCUAUAUUCCCCGGCGCGGAGCGCCGUUCGUCAAUGAUCGGGGGCGGGACCAGCGAUCUUGAGUGGGUGGUCAUCCUCACUGAUCUCAAAAAUAUGGCUGGUUGCUUGUAGGAGUGUGAUAAGCAGGAUUUCAGUUUCAAAAGACAUAUAUUUGGAAAAUCGUUUCAUAUACAACAAGCUUGAAGCAAUUUUGUUUGAAGAAAUGAGAAGAAUUGAUUUACGAAUCUUUCAACUAAUUUGCAGUUUUGUUCAAAAAAUAUGAAAAAAUUAAAAAUUUAAAUAUCGUGUUGUCAUGGCAACACUUGGGGGCGAACGUGCGUUCAAUGUUGGCCAUUUCUGAAUAAUUCAUGUAAAUUUAAUGUUAGGAAAAUAUUGGCGAGGGGUUACUGAUUGCAUGUAUUUUUAGUAUAUUAUAUGGUAAGUAGGCGUAAUGGUAAUGGUUUCUUAUCCAAUUUGGCAAAACAAAUACUCGUGAGUUUUCAGACACAUCAAAUUCCACUCGCCCCUUUGGUCUCUUGCAAUUUUGAUCGUCUUUAAAAACUCACUCCUCGUGCAUGUUUUUCGAAAUUGCACUCGAAACCAUACUAUUACCCACCUACAUAAACAAUGGUGUUUUCAAGAAUAAAACAACCAGACUAUGUAAUCGAAUAAGCACAAGAUGAAUAUUUUGUGUGCUCAUCUCUCCACAGGAUCGAGGAUCACGUGCUAAUACUGAAGAAACUACAGGAAGAAGUUCAGGUACAGUAUGUUUAAAAUUAAAGGGUAUAACUAAUUAGCGGAACUGCACACCACGGAACUGUGAAACUUGCCCAAGCAGCUGGACUCAAUAAUAUCACCUUUUUCUUCCGGUGAAAACAUAGGGGCUCAAAAACUAUCAGUAACAAGUGUAAAAUAAUCAAAAGAAUAAACUUACUUUGAAAGAUUUGUAUAAAUUCUUCGUAAGAAUUGAUGUAUAUAUUGUGUUAAUGUUGGACAAAGCGGGACAGCAGGAGCGAUGGGGGAUAGUUAAAAAGAGCGGAAAAGGACGGAGAAAAAAGAAACAUUACAUUGUAUACUAUGGGUUGAUAUCAUUAAAAGAAACGAACAAACCAGUUUAUAUUUGGCGACGAGGAUUAAAAAAAUCACUUAUCCCGACACUGACUACGUCACAAUCAGAUAUAUACAACUAAAAAGCACCAAAAGCUGAAAUACCGACCACUAUGGCGGCCAUGACGAGCACAUCAACACUAUAUUUUGACCCUGAUCUUCAUUCAGACGACACUUUACCUGCUUUUGACGAAUUUAUCCAGAGCUUCGAGCUCCAAUAUGAUGCACAAUAUCCUGAUCCUCCUAAAACAUCUCUAGAUGCGGCUAUUGAACGAUAGAAACUCGCAAACGACGAUAAAAAGCCAACGCUUGAUGACUAUGACAACAUUCGCGACGAAUGGCGAUCAAAAGAUCGCGUGACAAAACUCCUCGGUAUAUUCUCAUCGAGACGAUUGUUUACUGACUGGAAAGUCGCAGAACCGGAUGAUUCCAAAAGAGCUAAGGUGACGUGGAAAUAUUUCGUGAUAACAAUGCAACAGCACUACAAACCAACAGAAAAUCUUACACUUAAAAACCACCAGUGCCGGUCUUUGGCACAGAACGCCCAUGAGUAAUUUCCGACAUUUUGCAAUCGCGUAUAUAAAGCAGCUCAACACUGCAAUUUCAAAUGCCACAAUGACGAUUGCACUGCCAAGGACACAGCUAUACGUGACCAGAUUAUUAUUGGCAAUACACAUGACAAGAUCAGAGAGGAAGCCCUCAAAAAUUCAUGGGACCUCCAACAAUUACGCAAGGAAGGAAUGCGGAUUGAAAGUGCCACCAAAGGACUGGAAGAGCUCAACAAUGAAAAUACAGUCAACAAAAUGGGUAAAUACUCCUUUAAAAACAUGAAGAAAAAACCUGAGACUGGAAAGCCCCGGUCAUGUUACUACUGCGGACAAGACAUCAAGACAUCCGUUAUUGCUCACCUCAAAUCCUGCAGAGCACGAACCAGCAAAUGUAACUUCUGUGAUGCAAUUGGCCACUAUGAAACUGUAUGUCGGAAGAAGAAAGCAAUCAAUGAACUGAAAAACGACUGCGAACAACAAGAACAUCAAAUCGAAGAUUAUGACCACAGCGGCGUCUACAGCAUCAACAUCUUCAGAAUAAGCGAAACACCUCAGCAACAACCUCCUCAUAAGAGACGCAUGAAAACCAGAGAUUUCAACGCACAAGUCAUCAUCAACAAUAGCCUUGCAAAAGUGUUUGCUGACACAGGUGCGAGUAUCAGCGUCUGUGGAAGAGAGGAAGCGCAAAAAUGGAACCUCCUGUCCAGAAUGGUCCCAACCACGCCCAAGAUCAAGCCAUAUAACAGCCCGACAAUACCAGUUAUUGGAAUUGCCAAAUGCGCUGUCACAUUUGGCUUCACAUCCAUUCCAGUUGCUUGGCACAUAAUUGAUACACCAUGUGAACCUGUACUUGCAGGACAAAGUGCAGUACAACUGGGGAUCAUCCAGUUUGACCCUCAGCCCGAAGUUUACCAACCAGUACAGAUGAUCCAGUGUAGCAAAAAGGAAGCGCUUCAAGACAUCUUAAAGAAAUAUCCGCAGAAUUUUGAAGGGCUUGGAAAGUUGAAAAACCACCAAGUUAAACUGCAUGUCAACCCCAGUGUUAAACCCGUUGCCUCUCCAGCUCGACCAGUGCCAUAUCACUUGAAGGAACGUAUCAAAACUGAGAUUGACAAAGAUGGUAGCCCAAGAUGUCAUUGA